CCCCGCCUUUCUGGAUCCUUUAAGAGGCGGGGCUUGGCCGCCAGCCGCGCAGCCAGGGCAAAGGCUGGGACUUCACUCCGGCAGCAGCGAGAACCAGUCUGUGCUCCAUCAGCUACCGCGACAGCCAGCGCCGGGACUGAGCCGAGAUGAGCGGCAGAGUCGGCGAUCUGAGCCCCAAACAGAAGGAGGCACUGGACAAGUUUCGGGAGAAUGUCCAGGAUGUGCUGCCCACUCUGCCGAAUCCAGAUGACUAUUUCCUUCUGCGCUGGCUCCGAGCAAGAAGCUUCGACCUGCAUAAAUCAGAGGCCAUGCUCCGGAAGCAUGUGGAGUUCCGAAAGCAAAAGGAUAUUGACAACAUCAUUAGCUGGAAUCCUCCAGAGGUGAUCCAACAGUAUCUGUCAGGGGGCAUGUGUGGCUAUGACCUUGAUGGCUGCCCAGUCUGGUAUGAUAUCAUUGGACCUUUGGAUGCCAAGGGUUUGCUGUUCUCAGCUACCAAACAGGACUUGCUCAGGACCAAGAUGCGGGACUGUGAGGUGCUUUUGCAGGAGUGUGCCCGCCAGACUGCAAAGUUGGGGAAGAAGAUAGAGACCAUCACCAUGAUUUAUGACUGUGAGGGGCUUGGCCUUAAGCAUCUCUGGAAGCCUGCUGUGGAAGCCUAUGGAGAGUUUCUCUGCAUGUUUGAGGAAAAUUACCCUGAAACACUGAAGCGUCUUUUUGUUGUUAAAGCCCCCAAGCUAUUUCCUGUGGCCUAUAACCUCAUCAAACCCUUCCUGAGUGAGGACACUCGUAAGAAGAUUAUGGUCCUGGGAGCAAACUGGAAGGAGGUUGUACUGAAACACAUUAGCCCUGACCAGGUGCCUGUGGAGUAUGGGGGCACCAUGACUGACCCCGAUGGAAACCCCAAGUGCAAGUCCAAGAUCAACUAUGGGGGUGACAUCCCUAAGAAGUAUUAUGUGCGAGACCAGGUAAAACAACAGUAUGAACAUAGCAUACAGAUUUCCCGUGGCUCCUCCCAUCAAGUGGAGUAUGAGAUCCUCUUUCCUGGCUGUGUCCUCAGGUGGCAGUUUAUGUCAGAUGGGGCAGAUAUUGGUUUUGGGAUUUUCCUGAAGACCAAGAUGGGAGAGAGGCAGCGGGCAGGGGAGAUGACAGAGGUGCUGCCCAACCAGAGGUACAACUCCCACCUGGUCCCUGAAGAUGGGACCCUCACCUGCAGUGACCCUGGCAUCUAUGUCCUGCGGUUUGACAACACCUACAGCUUCAUUCAUGCCAAGAAGGUCAGUUUCUCUGUGGAGGUCCUGCUUCCAGACAAAGCCUCAGAAGAGAAGAUGAAACAGCUGGGGGAAGUCACCCCAAAAUAAGGCCUUCUCUUACAGCAGCCCUGGCCCCCCUCAGUGUCUCCCUGUGUUCUACCCCUUCUUGCAGUCAUUUCCCAAUACCCUGCAGCCCAAAGAAUUGGGCUGGAGGAAAGGCCUCAGGCUGGAUCCGGAGGGCUUUCAUUUCAGAAUCAGGAAGAGGAGGAGUGGGUCUCCUUGCCUCUCAAAUUUCUUAGAAGUCCCCAGGGACUGGCCACUGUGCUAGGAUCUAUCCUGUAAGGGUGCCAACUUCGCCUGUCCAGAGACAGCUAAGAUAAGCAAGGGGGUACUACAUGGUGGCAACAGGCAAUUAGAAAAAGGUGAAAGAUUGAGACCUAACACUUCAGGGAAGCCAGCUGCAGGGGAGGAACUUGCUCCCAAAUGAACACGUUAAGUUUCAAUCACAAUGAGAAGCAGCAAGGGAGCUGGUUGCUAAAGUUAUGGUGGGGGUCAGUAGCUCUUCCAGACCUUUUUUUAUUGAGGCUGGAUAUCUUUUAGCUUUUCCUAGGUCUCAGGAGGUGGCCUGAGUCAGCACAGAUCUUCCCACUCAGAUGUAGACAGGAAGGCCUCUUUCCCUUACCUUGAGAACUACAGCAAAUUCCUGGGCCCCACUGCCUGCCUUUUUAAUUACUACUAAUCAUUUUCAGUGACUCAGAGCUUCCUGGGAUUUUUGGUACCUACCCACUGCUUUCCAAUGCAAACAAAGCACAAGGGAAAUUACCUUCAGGGAUCAGAGCUCUGGGGAAGGCCAGAGAGGCUGGGGGUGGGAGUGAGUCCUAAAAGGUGGAGGGAGAUUUCUAAUCCUCUUUUCAUUGCUACCUGCCUCUCGCCAAGUAGUCCUGCAUUUAGGCACCACCCCCUAGACAAAAAUGGUAAGUGGGAUUGAGACAGUAGUACUCAAGAGUGUUUCCCAGUCGGAAUCUUAUGGUACUCGCCAACCCUGCUCCCUAACUGACCCGAGCAAGGCCUUGGCAUUCCCAUCUCUGUGGAAGGCGGACAACAGAUGUAGUUAGUGGGUUCCUCGUGCCUGUGCCUGUCGAGCUAGGUUGCGAGCCUGCUUAGGCGGGAAGCCAAAGGCAGGGCCAGUAUCUCGCAGAACCAGGGACUGGGGUGGCCACAGACAGCCCCGAAACCACAACACUUAAUCAGACCCUAUACCGCCCUGCCUACAGAACGCCGGACAGCAGCCCCGAACCUUGUGAGAACUUUUUCUCAGAACCCAGGUCCUGGCCCAGCCUAGGAAACUCGUCUCGCGAAGCUGGGGGGGUUUGGGGCAGAGGCAGGGUUAGCGCGGACCAGAAGGGGCCAAGGCCCGUGUUCAAGAGGACAUCCUGGCCUUGGUUUACAACGCUGUUAGGAAGAUUAACCAAUGAAUAAAGGAACGUUCAAUUCGCA